CACGCAAUUGUUCUUGGUUGUGUUUGACGGUUUUAAUCUUUUAAGUGAAAAUAGUAGUUUAAAAGCUUGUGAUUAGGCCUAUGAACCCCAACAAAAUCGAUGUCAAGAGGCAUGAGUCCUUAUGUUUUAUUUUAACCAAUCACUCGAUCUAGUGAAGAUCAUUGUUACAAUGAAUUCAUUUACACAUUUUAACCGGCAGUGACUUCAGCGAUGGCAUCACCUGUUACACCUCUACCCACAGCUACCGCGGUCAAUAUUACCGAUCCCUAUGACAACCGCGGCUUGGUGAUCACCAACUCCAUUCUGGCUUCGGUGAUCUGCAUAGUAACCAUCGUCGGCGUGCUCGGUAACAGUUUCGUCAUCCUUCUCUUCGCAUUGUCUCGACAGCUGCAGACAGUGACGAAUAUCUUUGUGGUAAGUCUGACGCUUUCCGACCUGAUCGGUUGCGCCACACUGAGUCUUGAUGCGGUGGCGCUGUUCUCCCUUCGAGGAUGGCCAUUGCAGGAUUGGGUUUGUAAAAUGGUUGGAGCAGUCACUCUCAUUGCCUUCAAGGCCAGCAUUGUUCACCUGGCUCUGAUCAGCAUUAACCGACUAUUCGUCAUCACCCGCCCCAAGAUUCAGUAUCUACGUCUGUACCGGCACAGGAACGUCGUCCUGAUGAUUGGUGUUGCUUGGUUGGCCCCUCUCACAGCGAUUGUCCUGCCGCCAACGCUAGGGUUCGGACGUCUGGGUUAUAACAGCGACAACCACUUCUGCGUCUUUGAUGGCACCAGAUUGCAGCUCCGGAUCAUGUAUGUCAUCGAGGAGGUUCUCUUCGUCAUCACCUUCUGCAUCAUCAGCUUUUGUUACCUGAAGAUCUAUAUCUACGUGACCAGGCAGUACCGAAAUAUGAUGCAGUUCUUUCUCCGGCGUUCCAACAAGGCUCCGGCUUCCAACAAGAAGAAAAUGCUAUCAAACAUCGACAAACGCGAGAUUGAAAUCACCAAGAACCUCUUCGUGGUGGUCUGUGCGUACUUCAUCUGUAUCCUCCCUCACACCAUCUGUCUCUUCACCGAGAAAUGCUACCUGUAUUACUUCAAGCAUACAGCCGUCAUCUACGCCAUCAACUCUUGCAUUAAUCCUUACAUCUACUGUUUCAAGCAACCGAUCUUCAAGCAGGUAUCCCUCUGCGUCGUCCGGUGUCGUUGGUCCGAGAUCCCCAAGCCAUCAGCGUGGUUACAGCGACUCUUAAGACGUACCAGAGAGAGGGGGUUAAGCUGUACCCCUACUCCAGACAUCAUCGCCACCCAAGUGGAGCAGGAUAUCAGCAUUGUGGCAACAGUGCAACAUACAUCGGUACAAACUGGUGUGUGAUUCUUAGUAUGCAUCAAUAUAUUGCGCCAAUAGAU